CCUGUCCCGUCCCUGGGGAGCAGCGGAGCAUCCCCGGAGCCCGGCCCCAGCAUCCUGCAUCCCGCCGCUCCUUCCCUGGAAAGCUCCUUCUGCGACGCCGGGGAGAUGCUACGGCAGCACGCGGCUGCCCGGUGGCUUCUACCACCUCCGCCUGGGCACCCUCCCCGUGGCCGGCGGUACCCCAGCUGCAUCCUGGUGACCCCGAGGAGGAGGAUGCUGAGGCCGCUCCGGAUGAUGCCGAUUCUGCUUCCAGGGCCCAGGAGACGGAGUCCUCCCCAGUGCGGGGAGCGCGGUGUGCGUCCCCGCCGGCGUGCAGAGCCGGCCCUGGCAAAGGGCUGCUCCUUCGGGAGCAGGUUUCCGGACGGGAGCAGAGGUUUUCACCGCCGGGAACACAACUUUCCAUGGGCGAAAACCCCCUCUGGAGCGCAGGGACGGCAGGAGGAGCCGAGGGCACAGAGCUGGGAGCCGAGCUCGGCUGAGCAUCUCCGGGGAUGCAGGACGGGAGGAUGCGCUGGAUGCGGGGAUGCUGGGGAUGAGCAGGAGAUGGAGACCCCCCCGGGCAGCAAGCGGCACCACCGAGCUACUGCUGGAGCCCAGGACACCGGGGGCAAGACCGCCUGCUCCAUCACCCCGCUCUUCGCCCUGCUGGAGGCGGUGGGAGAAGCUCUCCUCCAAGGUAGGCUCGGCACGGCGCGGGCAGGCAGGUCCCCUGCGUCCCUCUCCCUCCCCGAAGAGGCCGAGGUGGGGGCUGAGCUCUUCCAAGAGAUGCUGCAGCGGGAUUUUGGCCUUGCCGGAGAAGGAAGAGCCACCGGAGCCCAGGAGCCUGGAGCCAAGGGCUCUUUGGAAACCUCCGGUCUCCCACAGCGUCACGGCGCCCAACCUGGGGAAGCCGCUGGGGAAAGCGGAGCAGCCGACUCCACCCGGAGAGCAAAAUCCACCCGCUGGAGGUCAGGCUGGCAGCGAAACGCACCUCCAUCCCGAAGGCUGCCCGCCUCCACGGUGCGACCGCCCCUCCUCGAGCCUGCGCCCUGAAUUCGUCGUAAACUCUACCCUGUAAAU